UUUCCCAUACUAAUUAUGGCUGUGAGACACUCUUCUUUUGCUGCUACUCCUCUAAUUUGGAAGAAAUCAUGUUCCAACAAAAGAGAAAAUCCUGCACAAAGAGUAGUGUUGGUGUACUCAUGUGCAAGUGAUCAAAAUAUUUCAAUCAAACCUACUGCUCUUCAGAUCAGAUCAACUUCAACCCCAAAACUUAAGAUAUUUGAAGAUGAGUCAACAGGGAUAGUUUGUUAUAGAGAUGAGAAUGGAGAGAUCACUUGUGAAGGAUAUGAUGAAGGCCCUCGUUACUGCCAACAACUCACCAGAUUUUGUUCUAAUUCAAGAGAUGAAGAACUCAUAGAGCUCCUGCAAAGAUGCUGGCUUCAUGUAACUGAUUCUGCUGAGUUCAGUUAG